UUUGUGUGAUUCACGACUGAUGCACACUGUGGUUUUCUUGUUCUGCAAAAUGACACUUUAGUAUGUUAGAGUCUGUGUCGUCAGACACGAAAGUAUCUUUGGAGGAUUGUGGACAGUCUCAAUGUUCAGCUUCAUAAUGGCUGGACGCCUGUUGUUGGGCAUCCUCAUCUGUACUUUUCAAGAGAUUCAUGUUGAAGCGAUUCCUCCACCUAAACUGACAGCGAAUACACCAGAGAUCACGGAGACAGACACAGUCACACUGAACUGUCUGUCUCCAUCAAAUCCCUCUCCAUCUCAGUGUUAUUUCUACACUGGGGGGGAAUCAACCAAAAUCUUCUCUUGUAUGAAGAGACUGACAGGGACUGAGCUGCUGCAGAUGGCACAACAGAGUUCACCUGCAGAGGUUAAAGUGACAUGUUUUUACACCAACAUGUAUGGAGAUAUUCCAUCUGAACACAGUCCAUCAUUCACCAUCACCAUAAAAAAUCGCACUGUUGGCAGGCCUCAUGCUUUAACUCCUCUAACUCCUACAAAAGUUCUGACUGUGACAGCGAGGAACGCUGAGGAACAUUUGAUCACUUCUUCCCUAACAACAGUGAAACCAACAUCAGAAACAGUUACUGCUAAUCAAGACACGUCGAUCAGUGUGGCUUCUGCUACCAAACCUCCUGUGAACCUGACAUCAGGAGAUAAUGUUAGAGCCUCCAAAACAGACAUGAGGAUAUGGAAGCUGGUUUCCAUUACAACUGGUUUUGGAAUAACUGUUGUUGUCUCACUGGGACUGGCUCUUCUCUGCACCAAAGGAAUGGAUGGGGCAAUGAGUUGCAGGUCUUUCCUACAUGCAGAUAAUGAGAAACCGAACAGACGAGAGCCUCAAAAUGAAAACGUGAGGCAUGAGUCUGUCAUAUACCACCAGUACGCCACCAUCUCUGACGAGCCAUAUGCAUCGGCCCCAAAGGAAAUGGUGUACAGCACCCUGCAGCCGGUUUGAAACGUAUAUAGACAUAUUCUAGUUGAGCUAGUCCUUACUGAUGUCCACUCCUGCUGCUGAUGGUCACCUGCUGAUGGCGGCUACUACCAGAGGGAGCAAAGCUGCUGUUAGAGGACUGGAGAGGCCAGUUGCUGAACCACACUCCAUGGCA